UUUUUUGUUUUACAGUGAAAUCUUGAAAAAAAAGGGGGAUCUGGGGAAAAUACCUUGCUUUCCAUCUGGGUUUCCAAAGAUUUUGGGUAAAACACAAUAAUAAAAUAAAAAGCAUCAAUUUUUCUAAUCUUUCAAUAGAGUUAGGCUUCCAUUGAUUCUGGGUUUCAAUAAAAACUAAUAAAGAUUGAAUCUUUAUGGUUAAAUCAUCAUCAAGUUAUAAUAGAAUGGUAGGAGGGAAUGGUAUGUUGUUUCCAAUACUUGGAUUUGCAUCAAUUAUUGCAUUUAUAUAUUUGUCUUUUGGGGAUUUAUUGGUGUCAGAUGAUAGAUACAAAAAAAAUGAUAUGAAUAUGAGUUUUGUGGAGAGAAAUGGGAGUAAUUUCAUAGUGGAUGGUCAAUUGUUUUAUGUAAAUGGUUGGAAUUCAUAUUGGUUUAUGGACCAUGCUGUUCAUGAUCACACCAAACCAAGAAUCAAACAAAUGCUUCAAGCUGCUUCUAAAAUGGGAUUGACUGUUUGUAGAACUUGGGCUUUUAAUGAUGGUGAUUAUAACGCUCUUCAGGUUUCCCCUGGUCAAUUUGAUGAAAAGGUUUUCAAGGCGUUGGAUUAUGUCAUUGCCGAAGCCCGGGAAGUUGGAAUAAGGCUUCUGCUUAGCUUAGUUAAUAACUUGGAUGCAUAUGGUGGCAAGACACAAUAUGUUAAAUGGGCAUGGGGUGAAGGUGUCGGCUUGAGCCCUUCAAAUGACUCAUUCUUCUACGAUCCAUCGAUUCGCAUUUAUUUCAAGAACUAUGUCAAGACUAUUUUAACAAGGAAGAACACGAUCACAGGACUCCAGUACAGAGAUGACCCCACCAUAUUUGGCUGGGAGUUGAUCAAUGAACCACGGUGCAUCACUGACCGUUCUGGUGACACAUUGCAAGACUGGAUAGAAGAAAUGUCAACGUUUAUAAAAGGAAUCGACAAUAAACAUCUAUUAACUAUCGGUCUGGAAGGAUUUUAUGGUCCUAAAAGUCCCAAAAAAGACACGGUUAAUCCAGAGUUCUGGGCAGCUGAUAUGGGAGUUGAUUUUAUUCGCAACUCUGCGCCAUCGACCAUCGACUUUGCCUCUGUUCAUAUUUACCCUGACCAAUGGUUUAAAAGGAAAAGUUUGAAGGGGAAAUUAAAAUUUGUGGGGGAUUGGAUGCAUUCUCACAUCGAAGACGGGGACAAAGUGCUCAAAAAACCAGUAAUGUUUACUGAAUUCGGAUUAUCGGAUCUAAAUAGAGGUUUUGACCCUUCACAACGAGAUGAAUUCUACAAGAUUGUAUUUGAUGUUAUAUACGAAUCUGCCAAGAAAAAGGGGGCAGGGGGAGGGUCGUUUGCAUGGCAGUUCUUGGUGGAAGGAAUGGAAGAAUUUAAUGAUGAUUUCGGGAUUGUGCCAUGGAAGAGAGCUUCGACUUACGAAAUUAUAACCAGACAUACAUGCAGGUUAGCGAAAAUCCGGGGAGCAUAUAAGCCAAUAGCAGGAAAUAUGAAAAAUAUAUGUAAUGGUAGACUGUGAAACAACACUAGAAUAUGAUUUUGAUUGAACUAAUUGUUUUGUUUUGUGAGGUUUGAGAAUUCAGUAGAAUAGGUAUUGUUAUAAGUAACACAUGUUUUCAUAUGCAGUUCUUAUAAUCAUAUGGAAAUGCUUAUAUAUA